AUGAUAGUUUUAUUUCUAAUAAAUACUUCGAGUUCAUGUAGUGAAGGAGAGUGUGACAAACAACCCAAUGAGAGGAUUCUCGGAGGGGUAACAAGUGAACGAAAUUCUAGGCCAUAUCAAGUAGCUCUAUAUCUUCGAGUAGGGGCUUCUGGAGAGGUAGGUUUUUGCGGAGGGUCUCUGGUUCACCAGCAGUGGGUGUUGACAGCCGCGCAUUGCUGCUUCCAUGGCGACGAGGAAGUGACGCAUGUGCAGGCGAUUUUAGGAGCUCAUUCAUUAUAUGAUCGUUAUGAGAACGGUCGCCGGCUGAUCAACGUAGACGAAAUCAUUAUUCACCCAGAGUGGGACUCGAAUACUUUUGAGAACGAUCUCGCCCUCUUGAAGCUACCCAAUAGUGUACAAACAUCUGAGACAAUAAGUAUCGUCCGUCUGCCGUAUUUGAGCACCGUCUCAUCAAAUUUCGCUGGUCUCGGCGCAAUCGCAUCCGGCUGGGGAAUUGCUUCAGAAGGAGUCACAUUCAUAUCUCCAACUCUCCGCGAGAAGCAGUUGACUGUGAUUACGGACACUCUUUGCAACACAUUGUAUUUCCACAAUUUGCCGAGCGACGUGAUAUGCGGCUUCAGUUCGACUUCUGGCACUUGCAAGGGCGACAACGGCGGUCCUUUGACGAUAUUUUCGAAUAUAACGGAAGAAACAAUAUUGAUCGGCGUCGCGUCAUUUAUCGCAGCUGAAGGAUGUAACAACGAUAUGCCGUCCGUGUUCACUCGCGUGCAGCAUCGCUUGAACUGGAUCAGCAACGUUACGGGCAUUAUCCUUAUUUAAUUAACGUAUCAAACUAUCGGCUUCCUAGGAAGAGAAAAAGCUGUGUUCAACUAAGCACACGUUUCUCUUUCUCUCAUCAAUGUAAAGACAUCGGAAAGAAGAAGACAACAUUGUUUAACAUAUUAACCCCUAAAUAAUAUUUAAAUAGUCUGUCCACUACACAGUCGUACCACGUAGGAAAUUGUCAGACAAAAAAUCUUUUUGAGAAAUAUGAGACAUUUUUCAAUACAAAGAAUAUAUUUUUACAACUGUGUGAACGAGAACCAUACUGAUAUGACAAGCGGAUAAUACGGCCACUAAAAUCGCGAUGCACGGAUGAAAUACGCUGUUGAUACGCUCUAGUGGGCAUAGUAGUCCGCGUCACGCUGGUUUCCGUACUUACUACGUUCAUUUCAUUCACGUGUAUCACAGUUUAGUGGGCAGACUAAUUUAUAGUUAAAGUCGUUAACUAAUACGUUGUAUUACAUUUGUAUAAAUGACAUUUAUUGAUUUUAAUUAACUUAUAUGUUAACCAUAUGUAAAGC